ACACACACACACACACACACACACACGUUCUCACACAGCGGAGCGUAGCUGAGAGGCAGGGACUGCAGCAGUAUGCACCAGCCACGUCUGAUCUGUGUGGAGACUUGAGGAAGGAGAACUAGGAAGAGGAUAUAAUGUAGCAGUGUCUUACACAACCCAACCCCCGUACGUACAGUAGCUACAUCUCUACUCUGCAGCAGUGGCAACGGUGCAUUUCAAGAGUGGACAGCUUAUGUUAUCUGCCCCCCUCUGACUGCACUGCCUCUGCAUCCAUCUCCAUUCACUCUGCUCCUCCCAUUCCACAUCUUCAUCCUCCUCUUCCUCCUCCCAACUACGGCAACAUUAGGCAGGACCACGGACCGUACGAGAUUGCCAACGCUGAUCACAGGACCCUCAGGUUUGUCCUGUCUGAUGGAGUCGUGCUGGUUAUGCUAGAUCAUCAUCACCUUCAUUAACGACUGGAUUCUAAUCGAGCUCAGGAGACAAGGAACGAAAAAACAUCCCCCAAAAAACGAAAAAGGAGUGUUGGAUGUUUGUGACGCUCUUUGUCGGCUCUGUUGGGUUGUUGGCUCUUUUCCUGUAUUUGCUUGGUUGUUUUUGCCUUCACUGAGACCGGCUAGCAGGCACUGCAGCACCAGGAAGGACUGCAGGAGCCGUGAAGUAGUAUGGCAUGAGGACCCAGGGGCGAGCAAAUCAGAAGGGCUUGAGCUACCAUUACUGCUGCUGCUGAGGUGCUUAUCUUUAUUUUUUUUCUCCAGAAAGGGCGUCUGGAGGGGCUGGAUUGGGGUGGGUUGUGACAGUGAAGGUACCCGGGACCCUACAGAGUGGAGUGGGUGUCUCUGGCGUAGAGGAGCCACGCAGAUAGGCAGGACGUCCUGUGGGAAAGGAGGAGAGAAGAGAGGAAGAGGGGCUGGCUCAGGCUCGGGCCCCUGAUGGUGGCUAUUUUUGUCUCCCCUAGCUGAGUGAUUGGGGACAGCAGGUAAAGGAAAAGAUGCUUAUGGGUGCGGGACGAGACACGGCGCGGGAUGAGGCCCAGAAGCUUCACAGGAAGUGGCUGAAGCACCAGGCCUUCAUGGCCGAGCUGGCCCGCAACAAAGAAUGGCUGGCCAAGAUAGAGCAGGAGGGCCAGGAGCUGAUCGAUGAGAAGCCGGAGCUGCGUUCGGUGGUGCAGCAGAAGCUGGAGGAGAUCAGGGAGUGCUGGACGGACCUGGAGAGCACCACCAAGGCCAAGGCCCGGGCUCUGUUUGAGAACAACAAGCCAGAGCCGGUGGUGAAGAGCUACUCAGACCUGGACCACCAGCUCUCUGGCCUGGAGAAACAGCCCCCCCAGCUGGAGCAGGCUCAUCACCUACCCACCUUCAACGAGCAGCUGCAGAAAUUUCAGUCUCAGAUGGGGAACUUGUACAAGGAUGUAGGGGAACUAGGGUCCCUCCAGGGGGUGUGCCUCCCCCAGCGAGGCAGCCUGGUGAAGGGUGGCGAGGGAGAAGGGGGCGAGCAGCCAGCCGUAGUGGAGACCCGCAUCGUGCGUCUCAUCGAGCCCCUGAAGGAGAGACGACGCAUCCUGCUGGCCUCCAAAGAGAUGCACCAGGUCGCUCAGGACCUGGAGGAAGAGAUACUGUGGAUCCAGGAGCGGCUUCCUCUGGCCUCCUCUAAGGAUUACGGCAACAACCUGCAGAGUGUUCAGCAGCAUGUCAAGAUCAACCAGACACUGCAGAGGGAUCUGCAGGGGCGCCAAGCACGGGUGGAAGAGGUGUUGGACCGGGCGGGGAUCAUCGCCUCUCUGCGGACCCCUGAGGUUGACUUUGUGCGUGAGGGAGCGGGGCAUGUGCGUCAGGUGUGGGAGGUGCUGAGGCUGGAGGCGGAGAGGAGGUCUGUGAUGCUGGAUGUGGUGCUGCUGGCCCAGCAGUACUACAGCGAGGCAGCCAAGGUGGAGUCCUGGCUGGCAGGCCAGAAACUGCACCUCAUCAAUGAGGAGAAGGGCACGGACGAGGAGAGCACCCUGCAGCUGCUGAAGGAGCACCUGGCCUUGGAGGCGACAGUGGAGAACUACGCUGAGACAGUGGGCAUGCUCUCCCAGCAGUGUCAGCGACAGCUGGAGCUGGGGCACCCAGAUAGUGAGGGGAUCACCAAGCAGCAGUCCCACAUAGACCGUCUGUAUGUGUCUCUGAAGGACAUGGUGGAGCACAGGAAAACCAAGCUGGAGCAGCAGUACUGGAUGUACCAGCUCAACAGAGAGGUGGAGGAGUUAGAGAAGUGGAUCACUGAGAGGGAGGCCGUUGCCAGCUCCACUGAGCUGGGUCAAGACCUGGAGCAUGUCACGAUGCUACAGGAAAAAUUCACCAAGUUCUGCUCAGAGACCAACAGCACAGGCCAGCAGAGGAUGGAGCAGGUGAAUAAGAUGGUGAAUGAGAUGAUAGACUGUGGCCACACGGACGCGGCCACCAUAGCUGAGUGGAAGGAUGGACUGAACGAGUCAUGGGCUGACCUACUGGAGCUCAUGGAGACCCGAAGACAGAUGCUGGCAGCAUCACACCAGCUGCACAAGUUCUUCACCGACUGCAAAGAGGUCUUGGCUCAGACUGCGGGGAAGAUGAGGCAGUUGCCAGAGGUGAGGGCGUGCCAAGCCAGCAUCGCCAACCCUGCCACCCUGCAGAGGCUCAUGCUCUCCUUCGAGCACGCCCUCCAGCUGCUCGUCUCACAGGUAAGGCAGCUGCAGGAAAAUGCGGCCCAGCUGAGGACCAUCUAUGCCGGAGAGAAGGCUGAGGCCAUCAUGAGCAAAGAGCAGGAAGUGAUGUCAGCAUGGAAGGAGUUACUGGUUUCCUGUGAGGCCAGUCGUGUGCAGGUCACCUCGGUGACAGACAAGGUGCAGUUCUUCUCGGUGGUGCGCGAGCAGCUCAUGUGGAUGGAGGGCAUCAUGGGACAGAUUGGAGGGGACGACCCCAGGGACUCGUCUUCUGCAGAGGUGAUGAUGAAACAGCAUGGUGAGCUGAAAGCCAAGAUGGAUGGCCGUAGGAAGACAAUACAGCAAUGUGUGGAGCUAGGAAAGAUCCUGCUGGCCGCAGGCAACCCAGCCUCCGAGGAGAUAAAGGAGAAGUUGGAUGCUCUCCUGGCUAAGCAGAAGGAUCUCUCUGAGAGAUGGGACAAACAGCAGGAGAAGCUACAGCGCAAGAAGGAUCAGUUCCAGUAUGCCCAGGAGACGGUGAAGGCGGAGGCCUGGCUGAAGGCCAAGGAGCCCCUGAUUAGCCCCAGCUCCUCUUCUAGGGUGGCUGGGGGGGCUGGAGGAGACGCCCAGGUCCAGACUGAUGAGGUGGAGCAACUCAUCCUCCGCCACGAGGCCUUCCGCAAUGCUGCAGCCACCUGGAAGGAGCGCUUCAGCUCACUGAGACAGCUCUCCAAUGCAGAGAAGCUGAGAGAAGAACAGAGCAGCAAGCCUUCCCCAAUGCCACUCUCCAGUCGGAGGAUGUUCCCAUCAUCCUGUCUCACUCCGACCAUUCCUCUUGCUACCUCAACUCUGCUGAGACAGACGGUCCAGGUGCAUAUUGAGCCCAGGCCCAAGCAGACCAGUCUGGAGAUGUCUGCGUCUGCCUCUGCCUCCUCUGCAGCCCAAAGGCUGGGUUCUACCAUAGCCAGCUACGCUCCAGUCAUAAAUGGCUCUGGUUACCAUGGACUGGACAAUCAGAGCAGCAGCGGGGGAUUGGAGAGUUCCAACUACCCUGGACUGAACCAUCCGGGCAGUGGAGGAGUGGACAGCAGCUCUAGUUACCUUGGAGGGAACCAUCAGACUGGCUCCCCGCCAGUGGAUAGUUCUGGCUACCUUGGACUGAACCAUCAAAACAGUGGGGGUAUGGUUAGUCCAGGCUACCUACCUCAAAACCAAAGUAGUGGGGGUAUGUGUGGUCCAGGCUACCUACCUCAAAAUCAAAGCAGUGGGAGUAUGGGUAGUCCAGGCUACUUGCCGCAAAAUCUAAGUAGUGGGAGUAUGGGUAGUCCAGGCUACCUGCCACAAAAUCAAAGUAGUGGGGGUAUGGGUAGUCCAGGCUACCUGCCGCAAAAUCAAAGUAGUGGGGGUAUGUGUAGUUCAGGCUACCUGCCGCAAAAUCAAAGUAGUGGGGGUAUAGGUAGUUCAGGCUACUUGCCGCAAAAUCAAAGUAGUGGUGGUAUGGGUAGCUCAGGCUACCUUGCACAAAAUCAAAACAGUGUUGGGAUUGGUAGCUCAGGCUACCUUGGGAAAAAUCAAAGUAGUGGGGGUAUGGGAAGUACUGGCUACCUUGCACAACACCAAGGUAGUGGGAGUAUGGGUAGUUCAGGCUACCUUGCGCAAAGUGUUGGGGGUAUGGGUAGUUCUAGCUAUCUGCCUCAAAGUGGUGGGGUCAUGGACCCCAAAAUGGCAUAUGCGUGGCAGCAUCUGAAAGCUGACUGCAUGCAGCCCAGGAUCAACCACAUGCACAAAGCUGUCAACCCCCUCCUGGAGGCCAGCAGGGCGCAGAGGGAACAGUUUGGGGACAUCCCCAUGGUGGACAUGAUCGGGCCAGAGUCUGGCCUGGAUCUCCUCCACGGCAGGCUCCAGAGAGACCCUCGCGGCAGCCGCUCCGACCCCCAGAUGGACCACCUGCGGCGGGAGAGGGAGUACAAGCUGGGACGGCAGACCUCCAGCGAACAGGAGAUUCAGGCGCGGCUCAACGAGCUGCCAAUGAUUGUGCGCCAGGAGCGCUAUAGGCGGCGUCUGGAGAGGCAGUCGUCCAGCGAGCAGGAGGGCAGUGGGAAGGCGAGGACACCGAGGCAGGACGACUCCAGCGACAUGGAGUCAGCCAAGGAAGGCUCCGACAAGCGCUCAAUAGAGAAGAGAGCCACCACCAUGGCUGAGAUUGUGGAGCAGGCCCAGGAGAGAGAGGCAGCACAAGCUCGAGGGGAGAUGUACCGCCCCACCAGCAGCCUCUCAGCACCCGUGACCUACGAGCGCCCGCGAGCCCGAGACCGCCCCAAACCCCGCAGGAGACCCCGCCCCAAAGAGCCUGAGGAGAAGCGACGCUCUCGCUCGGCUCCGGCCCAGAGCCCGGCACAACUUCUGCCACCCUCACACACUGCCCAUAAUGAAGGCUUCCUGUACCGCAAACACGACUUUGAGGGGCACCAGAAGAGUCCCAGCAGUAAGUCCUGGGUGAAUUUGUAUUGCGUGUUGACAAAGGGAGGGAUCACUUUCUACAAGGACGCCAAGAGCACCACCACACCUUACAAUGAAGAAACCCCACUCGACCUGAGCGUCUGUAUAUGUGAUAGCACCAUAGGAUACAAGAAGAAGAAAAAUGUCUUCGUUAUCAAGAAAAAUGAUGGCAAUGACUAUAUUUUCCAUGCAAAGGAUGAGGAGGACCUGAAGGCUUGGGUCACUAACAUCACCACCAGUAUAACUGAACAUGAGGAGAUCGCCAAGUGGGACAAGCCCACCACCUCGUCCACAGAUCCCGACCGCUCGGAGAGGAAGGAGAAGUCAGAGGGCGACGCAGACGCCAGGUCAGAGAGGUCUGAGAUGGGAGGAGAGGUGGAGGAGGAGGAGAGGUCAGAGAAAGAGAGGUCUGAGAAGGGAGAGGGGUCCAAGAAGACGGGAGAAGGCUCAGAGAAAGCAGACACGUCGGAGAGGGGUGAGAGGGCAGAGGGGGGGGCAGGGGGCUCCAGCACGUCAGGGAAGAGCAAAUGAUCCCCGCUGAGUGGAGGAGUGGACUGGCAUCCAACCAUCUAAAGCCCCCCCAUCCCCUAACUUUACCCUACGACACCAGACAGUGCUGAACAAGGGAGACGGAGGGAGAUGUGUACAUUUCUGUGCAUAUCUUCUCUCUUUUUCUCUCUCUAUAUCUCUCUGUCUCUCUCUGUGACAUCCUGAGGCUUGGGUCCUAAUGUUAACUGUGACUGUCUGAUCUUUCAGCCCCUCCCCCUCCCCCAGGCAAAAUACAUCAAUACUUGCAUUGCAUUGUGGCCCUUGCUGGUAGGUUGGAGGAUAGGGGAGAUUAACCAGCGCCACUGUGUGGUCACAGGCAUUUGUCACAGUCACGACUCAUUGAUCAUUUAUUUCUUGGAUUCACAGCAUCUCUCAGUAUAUAUAUAAUAUACCUAUGACUGACUAUGUAAUGCUCUGUCUAAAACAACCCAAGCAGUGGUGAAUGAAAUGUCUCACAAUAUUUUGAAAAAGCUUUUUUCUGAAGCAAUAUACUUUUUUAUUUAUUCUCUUUGUUUGAGAGAGAGUGAAAGGAGAAAAGAAACGGUUGCUUAUUAAUUCUAUGAUUGUUCACAUUCAUCAUCAGCUUAUUUCUGUCAGGUCAGCAGCACCUUAAACACUUCCAACACGUCUGUGUAUACUCAGCAUAUUGACAUUUCAAACCCACCUCAUCGCUAUCUCUGAGUCAUGUUGUCAUGAUGGAAUGCUGGUAUUACCUACUUGUGUUAAUAAUUGAAUUGAUCAACACAUGAUUCUCUUCUGAACUUUUGGAUGAAUCAUGUACAGGCUCAUGCCAUGCCAGGAAUAAAGGUGAAAUAGGGUUGCCAACUGAUUAAAACUCCAUCACAUCCAAGAGUCUAUUCAAGGAGGCAAUGCCCAACUUAACCUCCUUGUGGUGCCAGACCUGUGUCAUGGCAUGACAGUAUAGUGCACCUUCUAUUUGAAUGCCUUCACGUUCUUCGUGGUCUUGAGAGGUUCACCAGUUUUUAAAUGAAUUUGGCAGUGCAAUAAUUCCAUCUGAAGGGAAGGUCUGUGUAAAAUGCUAAUAUCAUGGUAGAUCUUAAACUAUCCCCACAUAAAGUAUGGUGAUAAGAAGAUAUGUUUUAAUGACAUAGCAGAGAAAAGCCCAAGCCAGAAAUAAUUCAUGCUUCUUUUGACUGCUAUUUGAUCUGAGACAAAUUAAGAAGCAUUAGAACCCCAUUGCUGUUUUUAUCAUAUUAUUAGAAUAUAUUCGACAGGGACUGUAAUGGUUUCACUUGUGAAAAUACAGUAGUAACAUCAACAUUAGGUGAACCCCAAAAUAUACAGUUGAAGUCAUAAGUUUACAUACACUUAGUUUGGAGUAAUUAAAACUUGUUUUUCAAACAUUCCA